AUGAAGCGGGCGAGGCGGGCCGCGCCGGGCCCCCUGCCCGUGCUGGGGCUGCUGCUGCUGGGCGCUCUGCCGGGGCUCUGGACCGUGCUGCCGCGGCGGGAGGCGGCGGCGCGGCGGGAGCCGGAGCCGCGGCCGGGGCCGGGGCCGCCCCCCGGGCGGGGGGGCUGGGGGCGCUCGGCGGCGGCGCGGGGCGAGCCCGGCGGCGGGCAGAAAACUUUCCGGGCGCUGCUGGCGGUGCCGGCGGCGGGCCGGGAGGAGCGGGGCGGCGAGGGGCGGUUCGCCGGCGCCGCCUCGCCGCCGCCGGCCGGCGCCUCCCCGGUGGAGCGGGGCAUCUUCUGGAGCCGGGAGCUGGAGCGGCAGGUGCCGCCGGGCUUCGCGGCGGAGGAGGCGGCGGCCUGGCUGGCGGCCGCCCGCGCCGCCCGCGUGGCCUCGCUGGAGCGGGGCGGCUGCGGGCGCAGCUCCAACCGGCUGGCGCGGCUGUCGGACGGGAGCCGCGCCUGCGUCCGCUACGGCAUCAGCCCGGAGCAGAUCCAGGGCGAGGCGCUCUCCUACCACCUGGCCGGCGUGCUGGGCAUGCAGGAGCGGCUGCCGCCGCUGGCCCUCGCCCUGGUGGAGGCCCGCGGGCGGCAGUGGGAGCCGGUGCGGGAGGAGCUGCGCGGCUCGCACUGGGCCGAGGGCGCCGUCGUCAGCCUGACCCGCUGGGUGGACAACCUGACCGCCGUGGUGGCCCCCGCGCCCUGGGGCGCCGAGGCGGGCGGCGGGCGGCGGCUGCGGCCGCUGUCGGCGGGGGAGCUGGGCGGCCUGCCGCCGUCGCAGCUGGUGGAGCUGGUGCAGUGGAGCGACCUGAUCCUCUUCGACUACCUGACGGCCAACUUCGACCGCCUGGUCAGCAACCUCUUCAGCCUGCAGUGGGACCCGCGGGUGAUGCGCCGCGCCACCAGCAACCUGCUCCGCGGCCCCGACGGCGGGCUCGUCUUCCUGGACAACGAGGCGGGGCUGGUGCACGGCUACCGCCUCCUCGCCAUGUGGGACCCCUACAACGAGCCGCUGCUCCGCUCCGUCUGCGUCUUCCGCGAGGGCACGGCGCGGCGCGUGGCCGAGCUGCACCGCCGCCGCAGCGCUGCCGCCGAGCUGCGCCGCCGCUACCGGGCGCGGGAGCCGCUCUGGGCGCGCCUCGGCUUCCUCUCGGAGCGGCAGGCCGAGCUGCUGCAGGCCCGCGUCGACUUCGUCCACCGCCACAUCGCCCACUGCCGCGCCCAGGCCGCCCGGCUCUGA